AUGGCGUCCCUUCAGAAUGGCCACGCCAAUGGCACGAAUGGCGAUUCUCUUUCAGCGGCCAACCCGUUGCCCAAUCUCCGUUUUUCUGACAUUCCCUCCGCCAUCGACAUUCCCGCGUCCACCCUCGACAGUGAAGUCGAGGUCAGCCUAGAGAUUCUUCCAGAUGACCCAACCGAACUCUGUACAUUGUUGGAGAACGAAAAGGCCGCUAAGAACUUCUGGGUCACGAUCGCGCUGGCAUACGCCAAGCAGAAGCAACUCGAUCAUGCCAUCGACAUCUUAAACAAAGGUCUCGCGUCGGUCGCUCAUGGAGCCACGAAAGAGAAACUCGGCCUGCUGGGAUGGGUUUGCUGGCUGUUGAUGUUGAAGAGCCGGAAUGCCCCCCGCGUUGCACCCGAGGGAGAAUUGUACACCGAGGCGAAGACGAAGGAUCAUUAUCUCCAACUUGCUACGUCGACUCUGAACGAGGCUUCACGACUGAAUCCGGCGUUCCCCCCUCUGUUCCUGGCGCGAGGUGUCCUGUCGCUGCUACGCGCCUCGCUACAUCCACCCCGUCCUGUUCGUCCGGGCACCGUUGACACAUCCGAGAGGGUAGAAUCGCUGCGGCAGGCGCUCAAGUGCUUCGAUGAGUCGUCCAAGGCUUUUGGUGGUCGGAAUGUCAUGGCCAUCCUUGGGCGCGCGAGAACGCAAUACUUGCUCGGCCGAUACGCCGAGGCCCUGGAAGGCUACCAGAAGGUUCUGAUGAAGAUGCCCAGUUUGACAGAUCCCGACCCGCGGAUUGGUAUCGGCAGUUGCUUGUGGCAGUUGGGCUUCAAAGAGCAGGCCAAGGUUGCUUGGGAGCGAGCUCUGGCGUUGAACCCUGACUCCAAGGUCGCCAAUAUUCUCCUCGCAGUAUACUAUCUCUACGACAGUUCACGACAUGCAACGACAGACCCGGCCUUCGGUUCAUUGUACAAGGUAGCAAUGACUCAGUACACGCAGAAGGCGUUCAAAUUGGACAAGGAAUACCCCAUGACUUGUUCUCUGUUUGGCGGGUACUUCCUCCUCCGGAAGGCUUACUCCACCGUCGAGACCCUGGCCCGUAAGGCCAUCGAACACACCGAUGUCAUGCAGAUUGCCAGCGAUGGCUGGUAUCUCCUUGGUCGGAAGUCCCACUAUGAAGGCGACCUGACGCGCGCUGCGGAGUAUUACAACCGCUCCGACCAGGCUCGUGGCGGUGGUGAGAAGGGAUACCUCCCGGCCAAGUUCGGCACGGUACAGAUGCAAGUGUCUAACAAGGACUUUGACGGAGCCAAGUUCCGCCUCGAAAAGAUCAUUCAGCAGACGAAGAAUGCCGAAUGCAUGGUUCUGCUCGGCGCGCUCCAUGCGGAGGAGGUCUUCGCUGCGCAGAGAAGCGGCAGCAAGGAAGACAAGUCGGCUGAGAUCAAGAAGGCCAUCAACCUUCUGGAAUCGGUUCGCGCCCUCUGGAAGGACGAGACCAAGAAGAUCUCGCCCGACGAAUCCGUCUUGGUGUACCUGGCCCGGCUGUACGAGCAGAGCGCUCCCGAGAAGAGCAUGCAGUGUCUCACCCAGCUGGAGGAGAUGCAGCUCGCAGAGGUCGCAGAGGAGGAGCGCCCCGAAGGCGUCGAAGAUGAAGAGCAGGUCAAGGCAGCUCUCCGCGUCCACCUUCCCCCGCAACUCCUUAACAACAUGGGAUGCUUCCUAUAUCAAGCUGAGAAGAUCGAACGGGCCCGGACCAUGUUCCAAGCAGCGCUGGAUGCCUGCGUCCGAUCCAAGGAGAAGGAAAGCGAGCUUGACACCGACGCGCUCGUCACCACCAUCAGCUUCAACCUGGGCCGGACCUAUGAGGCGGCCGACAUGCCGGAAGAAGCCAAGAAGGUGUACCAGGGUCUCCUGGAACGUCACGCUGACUACACCGAAGCCAAUGCACGCUUGACUUACAUCGCCCUGCGCCAGAGCCCCACAGACGAGGGCCCGAAGAAGAUGGCCAAGCUCUACGAAGCUGACUCGACCAACCUGGAAGUGCGCGCCCUGUUCGGCUGGUACCUCAGCAAGUCCAAGAAGCGGGCAGCCAACCUGGCCGAGGACCACGAACAGCGCCAUUACAAACACACCCUGCAAUACUACGACAAGCACGACCGGUACUCCCUGACGGGCAUGGGUAACAUCCACCUGUCCACAGCGCGCGACAUGCGCCGCGACAGCGACCAGGACAAAGAAAAGCGGCGCAAGAUGUAUGAGCGAGCCGUCGAGUUCUUCGACAAGGCCCUCCAACUGGACCCUCGCAACGCAUACGCCGCCCAAGGUAUCGCCAUCGCCCUUGUCGAUGAUAAAAAGGACCACGCCUCCGCCGUGCACAUCUUCUCCAAGAUCCGUGACACAUUACGCGACGCCAGCGUCUACCUCAACCUCGGCCACGUCUACGCCGAGCUCCGCCAAUACACCCGAUCGAUCGAGCACUACGAAGCCGCACUAUCCAAAGACCGCGCCCGCGACGCACAAAUCCUCGCCUGCCUCGGCCGCGUCUGGCUUGCCAAGGGCAAGCAAGAGAUGAACCUGCAGGCCAUGAAAACCGCCCUCGACUACGCGCAGCGCGCCCACUCCGUCGCCCCGGGCCAAGUCCACCUCGAAUUCAACGUCGCCUUCGUCCAGAACCAAAUCGCCUCCCUCACCUACGGCCUCCCGGAAACGCAAAAGACGGUCCAAGAUGUCCAAGACGCCGCUGAAGGCCUCCAACAAGCCGUGGAGACCUUCAACCGCGUAGCUCAAGCCAAGAACCCACCGUACCCAUCCAGCGCCUUGGAACAGCGCGCCAACAUGGGCCGCACCAUCCUGAAGCAACUCGAGCGCGCGCUCCAAAGCCAAAAGGAAUACGAAGAGAAGAACGCCGCGAAACUGCAACAAGCGCGCGAGGCGCGUGAAGCCGAAAAGCGCCAGCGCGAAGAAGAAGUGCGCAAGGCGCAGGAAGCAGAGCGCGAGCGCAAACAGCGCGUAGCGGAGGAGCGGCAGCGCAUGAUCGAGGAAGCGCAGCGAUUGGCGGAGCAGCGCGCGGAAGAAGAGCGUGCGCGUGAAGAAGCGGAACUUACCACUGAGUCGGAGACGGGUGCUAAGGUUAAGCGCAAGAAGAGGACGACGUCUACUAAGCGCAAGAAGAAGCGCAAUGAGGACGAUUUCAUCAACGAUGGAGGCGAUUCUCCUUCCAGGGAGAGGAGCUCGGAACCGGACUCCGAUGGCGAAGCGGCGGCGGCGCCGAAGAAGCGCCGGCGUCUGGAACGUCGGUCUGGUAGUAAGGCGCAGCAGAGCAAGUACAAGAGUAGUGAGAUGGUGGUGGAUUCGGAUGACGAGGAGGAGGGCGGGGAUGAGGAUCAGGCGAUGCGUGAUACUGGGGCGAAUGAUGACGAGGAAGAAGAAGAGCAGGAUGUGGUGCAGCGUCGUCGGGCCAAGGUCAGUCGACGAGUGGCUGAUGAUGAUGAAGAUGAGGAUGAGGAUGAGGAUAAUGGGGCGGCGGUGGCUGGAGGAGGGGGCGAAGGGGCCACAACUGGGGGCGAUGGGGGCGAAGACGAUGAUGAUGGAUUGUUCAAUGACGAUGGCGGUGAUGAUGAUAUGGAUCUGAAGGAGGAUGAGUGA